ACCUAGUGAAAGGGGGCGCUUUUUCAUUUUUCUUGGGCUCCCUCACUUCGGCCCACUCAGUCCGGGAGGCACUGAUCAAGUCUGCACGUUAGACAUCAGGGGAUUUUGCCUAGGGCUCUUUUGCGGACGUGAAGGGGAGGGUGGUGGAUACACCACAGCCGUCUACUCGACGAGAAACGAAGUAAAGAGCCCUCCGCAACUGAGUUCCGGAAGCGGAACCUUAGGAGACGAAGUUGGAAAUCGAGUAGGAAGGAAGAGAAAAUGCACUUGCUGGGCCAUGUGACCAGAAGUGGGCAGACGCGGCGCUGGCUCUAGGAGACGGCGUGAACAUACCAAGUGUACGCCCAACCUUCAUGAAAGCCAACAGAGAAAAGAAGCGCCUUUUUGUGGGUGGCCUUGGCCAGGCCAUUUCUAAGACAGAUCUCCAAAAUCAGUUCAGCAGAUUUGGAGAAGUUUCUGAUGUGGAGAUCAUCACACGGAAAGAUGACCAAGGAAACCCACAGAAAAUCUUUGCAUAUGUUAACAUCAAAGUAGCAGAAGCAGAUCUGAAAAAAUGUAUGUCUGUUUUAAAUAAAACAAAAUGGAAAGGUGGAACACUUCAAAUUCAGCGCAAAGAAAGCUUUUUGCACAGAUUGGCCCAAGAGAGAGAAGAAGAAAAAGCAAAAAAAGAAAAAUCCACAACAGACAAUACCAAUGUGUUGGAAAAGAUGGGAGGGAUAGAUUUCCAAAUGAAAGCUGUGCCAGGAACAGAAGUACCAGGGCACAAAAAUUGGGUUGUAAGUAAAUUUGGAAGAGUCUUACCUGUUCUUCACCUGAAGAAUCAACAUAAACGUAAAAUCAUGAAAUAUGAUCCAUCAAAAUACUGCCACAAUCUAAAGAAGAUAGGGGAAGAUUUUACAGAUACCAUUCCUAUAACUAGCCUUACUUGGGAAUUGGAAGGAGGCAAUGACCCUAUGAGUAAGAAACGGCGAGGAGAGUUCUCUGACUUUCGUAGCCCUCCCAAGAAGAUGAAAGAAGUGCAGAAGGGGAAGGGUUCCACUGUGAGUCCAAGGACCAGUCGGGUGAUGGAGAACAGCACAUCAACCCAGCGUGGAGCUGUACAGAAAAUGCCUUGUGCUUCUCUCAUUCCUGACUCAUCCCCUGUACCUGAUUCUGGUUCUCAGAAACUUCAAAGUGUACCUUUUCAGAUUUCUGAUUUGGAAACUGCCAGGAAGAGAAAUAGCAUGUCUGAUGAUGAUAUUGAUUCUGAGGAUGAGUUAAGAAUGCUGAUUGCAGAAGAGGAAAACUUACAGAGAACUGCAUGGUCCUCAACAAAUGAAUCUGAAAAUGAUCUUUUUGAAGUUGUAAGAGAUGAUUUCAAAUCAGAUGUUCACAAACUUCAUUCUUUAUCAGGGCUAGCUAUUAAUAACGGCUCUUGCCGUGUUAGUGACGGUAUUAUGGGAAGUGACCAUGAGUAUGAUUCAGGUGAUACAGAUGAAAUCAUUGCAAUGAAACAAAACAUUAGUAAGGCCAAAAAUAGUGCAGAGAUUUCACAAACAGAAAAACCUAUGCACAAUAAAACUUUGAAAACGAAAGAGGUUUCCAAUCAUUGUAAUAAAGUACAAAAAAGAAAAAUCAAUAAAGAGUCAGCCCUCAGUAAUGGAGUGAAGCCUCUAAAUCAUAAAUCAUCUGAUGCCAGCAGCAGCGAUGAUGAAGACAGUGAAGGAGAUGAGGAAUAUAAAGCCAUCAUGAAAAACUGUACCCGUGUAAAUCUCACUUUGGCUGAUUUGGAACAGUUGGCUGGCAGUGAUCUGGUGGUACCAGAAGAUUCUGAGAGCAGUGGGCCAGAAACCACCUGUUGCAAGCUUGACAGAGCCUCCAAGAGCCCCAAGACUCCUCGUGCCCUUGGCCAAGGCCAACGGUGCAUUCAUCCUGAGGAGAUUCUAGCUUCCCUUUUACAGGAAGAAAAUACCUGUGGCAAACAGAAACCAAAAGAAAACAGCUUAAAACCCAAAUUCCAGGCAUUCAGGGGUGUAGGCAGGCUCUAUGCAAAGGAAUCAGUGAAAAAAACUCUGAAAGAGAGUGUUGACUCUAACAAUAUAAAUGAAAAUCAGAGUUCCUUGAAACUGGAGGAUCCUAGUAGCAUUUCUGUUGAAAAUGAGUCCCUAUGUGUUAAUGGUUCAUCAAGCAAACUUUCACAGCAACAUCCAAAGACAAUAAACAGCCCAAAUCACACUCUGCCUCAAAAAAGACAGUUCACUUUCGAGACCCAGGAUCACAAGGUAAUUAGCAGUUCAAAAAGGGGAGGCAGAAAUUCUGUUUCCAGUUUUAAUACAAAGACUUACAAAAUAGGCAUUGACAAAGACAAUUGCCAUAGUACCAAAAAGACAGUGGCAGCUUCUGAGGAAGAGGGGUCUGAUUCAAGCAGCCUCACAUCUCUUGAGAAAUUACCAGAGGUCUCUCCUAGAAAAGAUGCUCGGGAAGGCAUGGCUGAUUUCUCACAUUCUAUUAGUAGUUCGGCAAAUGUGAAUGCUAAGGAUAAGUAUGCUGAAGACAAUCAGAAACGUCUGGCAGCCUUGGAAGCAAGGCAGAAAGCAAAGGAAGUGAAGAAGAAACUGGUCCACGAUGCCCUGGCAAAUUUGGAUGCUCAUCCAGAGGACAAGCCAACACACAUCAUCUUCGGUUCUGACAAUGAAGACGAAACAGAGGAGACAAGUACUCAGGAGCAAAGACAUCCAGGAAAGGAGCUAUUGAAAGAGUCUGUGGGUAAAUCCUCUGCGCAGCUGUUUGGCAGCAGUGAUGAUGAGGAACUUGAUUCAGAGGAUGACAUUGACAGAUUCAAAAUUAAACCUCAAUUUGAGGGCAGAGCUGGACAGAAGCUCCUGGAUUUACAGUCACACUUUGGCAGUGAUGACAGGUUCCGCUUGGACUCUCGAUUUCUGGAGAGUGACAGUGAAGAGGAACAGGAAGAGGUAAAUGAAAAGAAAACUGCUGAGGAAGAAGAGCUUGCUGCAGAAAAAAAGAAAGCUUUAAAUGUUGUGCAAAGUGUUUUGCACAUCACCUUGAACAAUCCUACAAGCAAAGGAUCAGUAGCUGCUAAGAAAUUUAAGGACAUCAUACGUUAUGAUCCAACAAGGCAUGACCAUGCCACUUAUGAAAGAAAAAAAGAUGAUAAACCAAAAGACAGUAAAGCAAAACGGAAGAAGAAAAAGGAGGAAGCCGAGAAGCUACCUGAGGUGUCUAAAGAAAUGUAUUACAACAUUGCUACGAAUUUGAAAGAAAUAUUCCAGACUACAAAAGAUACCCAUGAAAAAGAAGAAGGGACAGCCCGGAACGAGGACUGUGGUGGAGAUGAAAUGGAGGAAAUUCGUAGUGCUGCAACUCUAACAAGUGGCACUGAGCAGCCCAGCGGGUUCAUGUUCUCCUUUUUUGAUUCAGACACUAAAGAUGUAAAGGAAGAGACCUAUAAAGUUGAAGAGGUGAAACCUGGGAAGACUGUCUGGAAGGGAAACCCUCAUUUCCAAGAUAGCAGUUCAGAAGAAGAAGAUGUUACUGAAGAAACAGAUUAUAGAAAGUCCAGCCCAGGAGAAGCAUCAGUACCUGAAAAAGAGACCACUAGAUUUUUCUUUUUCUCUAAAAAUGAUGAAAGACUUCAUGGAUCUGACAUGUUCUGGAGCGGUGUGGGAAGUAACAUCAGCAGAAAUUCUUGGGAGGCCCGAACAAAUAGCUUGCGUAUGGAUUGUCGAAAGAAACAUAAAGAAGCCAAAAGGAAAGUGAAAUCAAAAUAAUAAAUGUUGGCAUUGGUUUUGUUACUGAAUAUGAACAAGGGUCACUGAAAGAAAUUGGCCCAGAAAAUAGUUUAGCCAACAAAGAAGAAAUUUGCAGAAGAAAUGGAAGACCAUUCAAAAUUCUGGCUAAUGGAUUAUUAUUCUGGUUGCCAACUUUUUCUGUGGAAUUCCUCUGUAUUUCUUCUUAGGUAAUUAUUUCAGAAAAUUAAACUGAGCUGGACACGGUGGUGCACAACUGGAGUCCCAGCCCUGGGGAGGCCAAGGUGGGAGGAUCAUUUGAGCCUGGCAAUUUGAGACCAGCCUUGGCAACAUACUGAGAUCCUGUCUCAAAAAAGAGGAAAAAAAUUGAAGUGAAUUUUCAAGAAAUGAAGCACAAAAUAGUCCACUAAAGUACUUCUUGUAUAUAAUCUCUUUGCCCUCCAUCCUCAAUAACUAGUGUGCAUCUUCUCAUGCAGAGUUUGCAUGAAAUCUUUUUAAAUAAAUGAUUUGUUGUACUUGUGUUUUCCAUGUUAAGCCAUGUGAAUUACAGACUAUUUGAGAUAUCUACCUCCAUUUUGUACUUUUCACUUGACAAAUCAACUUUUUGAGUUCUAUAUUGAUUUCCUAAUAAUGAGCUAACUGAAAUGCAGGACAUUUCAGAUCAAUACCAUGUAAGAGUUCUGUGAAGACCAGGAAAGGAAGCCAGAUGCAGAAUUUCUCUAUCUCUGGCCUUGAGAAAUUAGGGAGCGCUAUAUGGAGAUAAAUCUGUCUCAGAAUUCUAGUUAGAUCAAAGGCUUAUGAAAAAUACCAGGUAUCUUGAAAGAUUUUAGGUAACAGCUGGAGUCAGACCCCAGUCUCCAAGUAGGUUUAAUAUCUCACUAAAUUCCCAAAGCUGGCUAGGAUUCAAGAUAGAUAUGCCUUCUGUCAAAAUGGGUCUCUACAGAAUUGUGUUCCAUAGACAGUUCCAAGGGAUUAUCAUUGAACCAUGAGGUGCACAUAUGUAUGUGUGUAUAUAUAAUUGUCUUAGUACUUUUGGAUUUAUAUCAUGCUUAAAUACAAACUAUGAGGGUUGGAAUCUCAUUAGGUUUGUAAACCAUUGUAUUCCCUCUAGUAGAUCUAUGUCUGGCACAUGGUAAAUGCUCAGUAUGUAUGUUUUUUUUUAAUAAAUAUGAUACAUACUAAGUAACUUGAAGAAUCAUUUUG